ACAGAUUUUGCGGAAGUCUCUUCUGAAUUGACGCACUUCACCUCGGCUCGUGCAGAGAGAGAGCGCACCAGGUCCGCUACUUGCUCGGUGCGCAUCGCGCUUCUCCAAAUGCCAACGGAGCCCCGCUGCUCAGCCCGGGCCCCGGAGCUCCGACCCCACGAACCUCGCUCCGAGAAACAUGUCGCCGAAGAGCCGCUGUGCUCCGGGCCGCCGUGAUCGCACCGUCCGCGGUAAGAGCAUCGCUCGGUCACCGGGAAAGGGACCUCACGGAAGACUCAGGGCCGUGCACCGAGCAGAUCACAGACAAGGAGAUGAGGCUAGUCCUGCCGCCAAACCGUCUCUAAGCAACAGCAGCAUCAGCAGUCAUCGCCGCGGCAACGCUAUGGGCUACAAGAUCCCAGGCGCUGCGAUGGAUCGCGUGAGCCCCCUCUGGAGGAUGAGGAGGAGAGCGCGGAGGGGGGCGCUGUGCAUGGGCUUCUUCUGCAUUUCCAUGGCGCUGCUGUACGUCCUGUGCGCGGAGAACAGCGUCCCCGUGACUGAUGCCAUCUUUGGGGUGAAGGCGCGGACCAGGGCACAGCCGCGCACCCACACUGACACCAAGGAGUUGCGAGGUGGAUCCAAACCAGUGUACAUCAACAAACCAAUCCCUGUGCUGUCAGCUCUAAACCACACCCACCAAGAAGCGCCCGCCUCCAUACACCGGCAGAAGGAUCACGUGAGCGCCGGCUUCUUCACGCGCAUGUUCCCGCGCCCUUUGACCCGCGCCCUGGAGACCCUGUUUGGAGGCAGGCGCAGGGGCGAGCUGAGCGGCAGGACCACAGACGAGUUCUAUGGACCUAACGCUCUUCUUGGACAGGUCUGGGAUGAGGACAUGUCCAGCAGCAUGUUGUCCUCAAGGCUCAAGAAAGUAGUGCAGAACUUCCAGGCCAUGAAUAAGUAUGGAGUGGACCCCCAGAGUCAUGAGGGCGCCCCCUCUGGUGUGAAGCUGACGGGACCCCAGCUGCUCUGUCAGCUGAAAGAGCAGGUGGAGGUGUCCACUCUGACCCAGGAGCUCCAGCCCUUCUCCUCUUUGCCCUGGGCGUCACAGCUGCCGACCCGGAGCAUCACAGCCGAAGUGGGACCAUAUAAGACGUGCGCCGUGGUGUCCUCCGCAGGCUCCAUGAAGAACUCCAGACUGGGCAAAGAGAUCGAUUCUCAUGAUGCUGUGCUGCGGUUCAACGCUGCGCCGACCGCAGGAUUUGAAAACGAUGUGGGCUCAAAAACCACUUUGCGCCUCAUCAACUCUCAGUUGAUGGCGUCAGAGGACCACCGCUUCCUCUCCUCGUCUCUGUACAGCACCGGGAUCCUCGUGGCCUGGGACCCCGCUCCUUUCUCCGCAGAUCUGCACGAGUGGCUGAACCGGACGGACUACCCGAUCUUCACUCAGUUUCAGAGGUACCGCAGGCUCCACCCGCUGCAGCCCUUGUACAUCCUGCAUCCACGCUUUGAGUGGCAGCUGUGGCGGAGGAUCCAGGGCAACAUGAAGGAGCGCAUCCAGAGGAACCCGCCCUCGUCCGGCCUGCAGGGUACCGUCCUGAUGAUGUCUCUGUGUGAGGUGGUGCACGUGUACGAGUUCUUACCGUCCAAGAGGAAGACGGAGCUGUGUCAUUACUACCAGCAGUUCUCCGACGCGGCCUGCACCCUGGGAGCCUACCACCCUCUGCUCUACGAGAAGAACCUGGUCAAACGCAUGAACCAGGGACCGGACCGGGACAUCUAUCUGCACGGACGGGUCACACUGCCGGGCUUCAGCACGUUAAACUGCACCCACAGCCAGCAGGGGGCACCACAGUGACGGCCCACAGCUAACAGGGGGCGCAACAAUAACCUUGGCCCACCUCGCCCACUUUCGCCUCUUCACUUUCUAUGUGGUAGCACUUCCGGUUAAGUGGGAAUCCUGUUCAUUUCUAUGGAGAAUUUGAAAUGUUACUGCUGAUAGUCGGGUCAGGAAGGACAGAAGUUAUCACAUACCGUAAAAUACCAAAUAACAGCCGGGGCAUUUAUUUCUUUCAGUCACUUAACAGACCAGGCAUUUAUUUGAGACCAGGCAGCAGUUUGGGGCAGGCGAUUAAUUCCUUCCUCACAACAAUCUUGCUCAGCAAAACUGGGAAAAAUGACUUUCCUAUUUUGUGGGUACGAUUCCUGCCACCUAGUUCUCGUCUUUCCUCUCCCCUUUGCCACAACAUUUCUCUAAUGCCACAACAGCUACGAUCACAUCACCGCUUCCUCCCAGUCGCCAAACUGAAGUCAUUUUACCAAAAAAACUAAACUAAAAACUUUACUAAAAACUGCUUUCAUUUCCUGCCCGCUAUGUUCCGCCAUCUUUCUUUUGCUACGUCACUUUGAAAUCAGGAUUUGACAGCAGCAUCAUUUGUUCCUCCUCUUUUUCAGUGAAGAUGAGGCUGAUCAGACGCAGUGCAGAGAAUAGAGCCUCUCCACUCAGUCACAUGACCAGUGUGAUGUGGGCACUACUGACCUGAAGUCAAACUGCUCCUGUCGUUGUAAACAUCAGGCUCUCUGUGUGUCGCUGCACUAAUCAUUACAACUUGGGUGAAUAAAGCACAAAAAACAGGAAAUGGGAGUUUGAGCAGCUCCUCAACAGCACCACAACCACUGCUGAUGGCACAGGCGACUUUCUUUAUAGACUCUGCGUUUAUUUGGAACCGGCGGUUAUUUAUCAAAAUAUACAGUUGUUAAUUGAAACCUGGCUGUUAUUUGGUAUUUUACAGUAGCACUGUUUGCCGUGGUAAUGUGUUAGCUUCUGUUUUGGCUAUUUUUUUUUUUUAAUGUUUUAUAUUUUAUUUUGUUGUGUAAGUUGAGUUAAGGCUGUAGGAGACAAAUUUGUGUUUAAAAUUACUUCUCUUAACAUGUUAACUACCCCAAAACCCCGUAACCUUAAACCUUUUCCUCACCUUAAUUUAUUCCAGUUCUUAAUUUUAACCAAACCCAAACUUAAAGAGGGCGUAUUCUGCAUUUUUUAGGUUUCUACUAUGUUAUAACAUUGUUUCCUCAUCCAUGCAUGUUUGAGUAAUCUAGCAAUCUCUCCUGGGCCCUAUAUUCCAACCCUCUUUACAGUUACUGUAAGAUUUUGUACAAUGCUCCACCCACAAGCCUACGCCCCCCAUGCUCCCACACGACAAUUCUCCAUAAAUAUACAAAAACAUGAUACAAAACUGUGGACAGCAACUUGACAAAGCUGAUGUGCAGUAGUUUCAUGUUUGAGUUGUGGUAGUGUUCUGAAGGGGGAGCAAAUCGGGCAUUUUCAAAACAAUAAUAAGGUAACAUGGUGAUCUAAAUCUGUUAUGUGUUAGCAGUUAAUACCCCAUAGUAGAAAAAUCCCCCCUUUAACCAAACCCAAACCAACUUUAACACAAGUGAACUUGAACACAAAACUGUCCCUCCUGACCAGACAUUCUAGAAUUAACCUUUGAGAAAAGGUUUGUUUGUAUAAAAUGAUUCACGUGAAUAAUUUUCCUGUGCACCAACACUGCACUGAUUCUCCGGGAGGAUUUUAAAGCAGCUUUAAAUCCGUAUAGAAUAUAUUUGCUGUGAGAUCAGCCUCAUGCAAAAUAAUACAACCCCGAUGACGACGAGCUGGGUACUGAUAAUAAUCCUGUAUUUUUAUUUUGCAUUUAAUUUAAUCACAAGAGGGGUGCAGGUAUUCUGUAAGUGCACUGUGUCUCCGUGGAGUUGAAACUGCUAGCUGAAUGUUCCACAGUAUGGCAUUAAACUUAUAUCUAGAGUUUAUUCAAUUACAGAUAGUUUUAUUGCUCCGAAAUACCUCACAAAACAUGCCUGCCUCUCCACAGAGCUGACCUGUAACUUGACAUCUUCUGCUUGACUUGAGAUAUGGAGAGUCAUUUAAUGUGAUACUGUGGAACAUUGUAGGCAAGGCAAUAACAUUACCAUGGAGACGAAGUUACAUAGUGAUCAAAGGAUACGGAGCUACACUUUGACCCAUGCUUCAGUGGCUCUGGGUUUAACCAGUAGGACCAUCUCCAGAUCUUGAGAUAGUCUUGGUCCAAUCUUGUGCUUCUUGUGGGACCAAUCACAGAGCAGCACGGUGGUGUGGGUGGAGCCAAAGGUGAACCAUCCAAGUGGACCUAAACAAACGUGGUGACGCAGAAAGGCAGAAACGUACUGCAGAGCUUUGUGCUUUUGUGGAGGAAAAAUGUCUGUGCUUUUCCCUCAACUGGAUUUAACUCAAGCUUGAUUUUUUUGACUUGUUCCGCUGUUGUGACGCCUCAACCAAUCAGCUUGGAGUACUCGUCUGAACGCCCUGAUAGGUCCCGAUCGAUUUCAGCCAGAGCCAUCCCAGAAUGAUAAUGUGUAGAACUCAUUUCAGAGCUACACAUAUCGAGGUUUGGUCAGGACUACCUUGGCUGGAGGAUUUGACCGUUUUUUGUGCAUGUUUGGGGUUGAGGCCCGGAGGAAACCCACACAGACAAAAGGGAGAACAUGCAAACUGUACCCAGCCCUGACGACGAAUGUGAAAAGUGCAUGUUAUAAUGUAGACAAUGUUUAUAGCAUGAACAUAGUCACUGCCGCGCUGAGCUUCACACAGUUCAUAUGAAGUAAUGCACCAAUACACACGCCCACAGGAGACGGCUGCUUUCACACACAUGGGAUCAAUCCUAAAAUUCAACAACACCCAUAUUUUGAGUUUACACAAUUUAAACUAAUGUAGGUUUUGGUUUUUGCAGUGCAGAACUUUUGCGUUUUCAGUGUAAUCUGGUGUAAAUAUUAGUGUGCCUGCUGUAUAUUGGAAUGACAUUCCUUUGAUGGUCUGGGCCUAUUUCAGCUGAGUAGGUGUUUCUGUACAUGCAACAUAAUAAAUAUUAUUUAUUACAAAAGAUUUUUUUUAAAUACCCAAAAAUGUGCUGUGCAGCCUUUUCAACAGCGGCUCAGACAGGUGAACGUUUGUCUAUUAACUAGAAGGUUGAAGGUUUAAUGCGUGAGAGACUGUGGCUGAGAAUAGGCUCUGUGCACAUUUAUGUCACAAACCAGGAAGAUGUUUGGAAACAAGUGAUGAAAACUUCCAGUGUAGUUCCUGACACUGGGUUCACUGACCGACUGUGAUCAAACCCACUUAAGUCCGAUAAAACCAUGGAUUCAGCAGCCAAAGCGUUCCAUGGGACACGUGACUUUUAUGUCACUUACAUCGAUAUAUAUUAACAUCAUUUAUUUUAUGUAUUACAUUAAAGCUCAAAACUAAUGGAAGGCUAUAAAUUGCUUGUAGACAAGUACUUGUUUUAUCACCAGGGUCAGUGUUAUAUGCCAUCAGAUUGAGAUAAAUGCAUUAUAAAUGAUGAAUUAUUUAUUAAUUUAUUGAUAAUUAUAUUUAUUAUUAAAAUGAUGAAAACUGAGGUUUGGUUGUAAUUGUUGCUUCGCUGAACAUAACAGAACGUUACAAUGACACGGAGAUGAAGAAAACUGGGACAUUUUCUCAUUUUUCCUAGAUUUUCCCAGACUUACGUCGCAUGUUUCCAAACGUCUUCCUGGUUUGUGACGUAAACGUGAACAGAGCCUGUUGGUGGAUUUCAGGUUCUAGAAUGUGAUGAUGUCAUUCUCACAGAUGGGGGCAGGAGGCAGACUUUCAAUUUAUAAACAUUGUACUUUGUCAUGAAGUACAAAAAGCUUAUUCACAAAUCUUUAAUGUCAUAGUUUUUAUCAGUGACUAAACCCAUGAACUUGCAAUAUUACAACAAAAGUCUAAGUUUUAACUGUAUUUACUUGAACUCUAAAAUGCUGUGGUCGUGUGAAACCCACCAGCAGCACCCGGCACCUUCACUGUUAGCGUCACCACUUCCUGUUGAGCUGGAUCUGUGAGGUCUGUGCUGAGUCCAGCUAAAAUGAAUCAAUAUUUAAAAUAAUGUGGUGUAGGAGCUGCAGGUGGAUGUUCGUGGCACCAUGUUGAAAAGCACACAAAGAACAUGAAUACUUGUGAGGACGACACUUCUGUGUCUACAAACACACGUUUAUGUCUCAGUGCUAACGCUAAUGCUAAUUUUGAGGCAUAAUAAAUAUAAAAACAAAAUCAAAGUAUUCUAUAUAUAUAAAUAUAUAUAUCCAAAUGAUGUCUGUAAACUUUUUUUGAAUUCAUUUGCAUUGGAAUAGGUUUGAGAAUAAAAGUGAUUGUUAGCUUUGAGACACAGUGAGCUAGUGUGAUAAACAGAUGAAGGUCAUCAGCUUUGGUUAUAGAUCACAUUUAUUUUUGGUCAUUUCUUUAUGCAUUGGCUUUUCAAACAGCCAAGCUAGUAGCUAACUUCAGUGAAAGAAUCCAGUGUGCAUUUGUGUGGUACAUGCGCUCACAGAUUUAUCAUGGUCCAGUUAAGUAAAUAAUCACGUUAAGGGUCUUGCUCAAGGACACAAAAACAACAUACAGUUGUGUUGUGUGGAAGACUUUGGAUGUACUGUGGGCUGAGUUCACACAUGAACCACUUCAACUCAUGUCAGAACUAAACCUGGACUAGACUCAAACUCAAACUCAAACCACAGGCCACAGGGACAAGUCUGAACUAAUGUCACAAUAUGAACAUUUCAAACUCGAUUUGAUACCAAGGAAUAGACUUGAUACUCAAAACGAUUCUGAUACCACAGUGAAAAUAAAAACUACUCAAUAGAUUUCCAACAUUAAAUAGUAGCACUUUUUUUUCUAUUCUCAUGUGGCCGUUUAUCUGUAAUCCCUUGGUCGUCCAGCUAUGUUCCAUAGUGGUCCAACGUUGUUAGUACUGACACCUGCUCAGAUGAGUAUUUAGUUUCAGUACUAGUUUGACUAUAGAUUAGUUUGUAGUGUUCAAUACUUAUGACAACUCAAGUAUGAACACACCCUCAGUGACCCACCUGAUUAAAGAAAGACACACCUUAUUUGUGCUCAUUUUAGUGAAAAAGGCUCAGUCUGUUUUGGGUUUGAGAUGAAAUAAGACCAUGAAUGUCCAGUGAUCACUGCUGUGUAUGAUACUGUUGUUCUGCAGACAGAGCGAUGCAAAGUAGAGACACUUAUGGAGUUUGUAGUCAUGUCAACUCUUAUAUUCAGGGCAAAAUAAUCAUAUAAUAAUCAAAUUGGCCACACAUAUCAGCAGAUUGGAGAUUAACGAACAUCAGAUGCUCUGGGUUCUAAAAAAUCUGCACUGAAAUGAAAAAAGUCCAUCUGUAGUGCACACACACAGAGAUUGUGAUUUCCUGCUUCACUCUUACAGGUUCUGUAUCAUGAAAAACUAACUCAAGUGAACUUUUACUGUUAAUACUAAUGUUGUCCUCAAAACAGACGUGCACUUGUGUUUUGUUUCAUUCACACAGGCUUCUCAUGCUGGCUUAGUAGUUUUAGUUGGUUCCUUUCACUUUGCUUUUGGAAAUUCCAGUUCUGCAAUUAUCUAAAUGUUUCUAGUGAAAGAUUUGGAGUUUAAAAACACAGUGGAGUGUUUUCUGUUUGAGAGAAGAACUGAGCCUAAAUGUGCAGGUUUGUGUGUUAAACAUGUGUAAAUGAAACAAACACAACUCCAGGUGUGUGUGUGAUGAUGAACAUUAGAACACAGAUCAGAAAACAGCUUCAUUUGGAUCCUUUUGGCGCAAGACAGAACAAAUGAACGCAGUUUUCUGACCAAAGGAUCAAAUGACGGGGCUGAACUGUAGCUGCGCUCACAUAUUUGUACAUGAUGUCAUGUUUCAGUCAAUCCACUGAUUUCUGCACACUUUUAUUAUGAAUCUCUUGUUUUUAUUUGAAGUAUUUUAAGAAUUUCUAAAAUGUUCCUCUCUUGGGCAAUGGUCACACAAUUUCCACAAGUUGUUGUAUUUUUUGUUUACCUUGUGUACGAUUGUUGUGUCCGCUGCACUUGAGCCUCAGUGUCUUGAGGUUAAACCUGGGUUAAACAGAAAAGAGCAAAAGUGAAAUCAAAUGUUUAUUUUAUUUUUUUAAAGGAAAAAAACAACUUUAAAAGCAUAAAAGUGAAUCAGCUCUAUGGGACUCGUAACCAAAACCCAAAAAACUGUAAUAUCUGAAACUUCAAAAAUCAAAUGCAAUUCACUUUUCAAGUUUUCAGUGUAUUUUAUUUAUUUUAAUAUGUUUUGUUCUUUGUUUCUUCAUAGUUGCUGGUUGUUUUUUCUUUAUUAUGCCUUUGGAUUAGGGUAAAAUCAGUUGAAAUUUGACGUCUAAAACCAGAAUAAAAUGUUUGUUCAUAUUUUAAGUUUUAAUCAUCAACAUUGUACAGUGUAGGCAACAAAACAUGCAAGACGCAAUACUAAUGAUUUGUACUCCUAAUGUUACUUUCCCAAACUAUAUGCAAGAUAUACAAUUAUUUAAUGAGUAUAAUCUUUACAGGGCCUAUAUCACACAAAAGUGACUCUUGUGAGCUUUAAGCCAAGUUACAAAGUGGUUACCUCCUCAAAAACAGACCUGGACUUGUGUUUUGGUUCAUUACCACGUGUGACUGUAAGACUGCAUUAUUAAUCUGCCUAUCAGUCUGUCUCCAAAACUCAAAAUGCUCAGUUCCACCUUGUGAUGUCAUAAAGUGGUAGUUUUCAAAUGAACAACUCCUUUUACCUUUAGAUCACGGCCGUGUUUUUGACGGGGAAACAACAUCAUAACGUAGAUUAAAAAUAGUGUAAUAUGGGCCCUUUAAAAUAUGUAAAAUGAAACUAAACUAAUGGAUCAUUUCCUUUUGGUGGACUGCAGGGAUGUUUUUGCCGUUUUCUUCUAAAUGCAUGACGUAGCAACUCAGCUCUGCAAGGUUUUGUGCCAAAUUGAAAAUGAAAUAUAGUUUUUUAUUAGUCAUUUUGUGUGAAUUUCAAUUUGUUCAAUUUCUGCUGCAGUGUAAGUAGCAUUCAGAUUGGUUUUGCCUCUCAGACAGUUCAGCAUGUUUUGUGACUCUGUUAUUUAAACAUGAAUGAGCCAUUUCAGUUCAUUCUGUUGUGACAGUUGAGAAUUUCAAAGUAGUAAGUGACAUUUUGGUAACUUUACUGUGAAAAUGUUAUAUUCAGAGGUGGGUACUAGUCAAAAACUGUACUGAAGUAAAACUAACAUUACUUCAAAAUAAUAUUACUCAAGUAAAAGUACAAAGUAGUGGUCCAAGAAAUCAAUAUAUACAGUAUAUGGGUAAACUACUCCUCAAGUAAGAGUAACUUAAAGAGGAACCACAUUUUGUACUCAAGUCAGAGUAUUGUUACACUGUACAUUGUGUUAGUAUAGAAGUAAAAGUAUACUGUUAGAAAAGUACUCUGAAAACAAAGUUGCUUAAGUAAAUGUAACUGUUACACUAAACAUUCUGUUACUCGAGUUUAUUUCUACAGCACUUUUCACACACAUGUCACACACUUUACACUUCACAGAUCAUUAUUCACUCCACACUCUCCACUGUAAACUUAUACUGACAGAAGUAACUGACAGACUGACAGAAGCACAGCUGCCAAUCUGCACCACUGUCCCCUCUGACCAGCACCAUCCAAGUACUGACCCGACCCGACCCCGCUGAACUUCUGAGAUCUGACAGGACCAGGCUUUUGACGAGCCGGUGUAGGAGUGAACGUGUGCUGAUGGAGAAGUAGGCUAUUCUGAAAAGUACUGUUUUGUUAAAAGUACAAGUUACCGAAGUACCGUAAACUACCCACAGUACUACCCGUGUCUGGUUAUUUUUAUUUCUCUUAUUGUACCAGAAUGUCUCUUACUCCAUUUGAGCCACGCUUUACUCAACUCUGCUGAGGAACCCUGAAUUACUGAUGUCAUUUGGAGAGAAAAGUCUAUGCAGUUUUCUCAGCUCAAACUUCUGUUUUUUCACUCAGACGUUUGUGUAUAUUUUGGGGCUGAUUGAAGCACGUUUCGGCUGUAGCUUUUGCCUUCUUCCUCUUCUUCAUUUCUAUCUGGGAGGGUUUUGCUUGUUAUCAGUGUUCUCAAAUGUAGAUGUUGUUGUCAAAGUUUCCCCUUGUUUUUUAACAUAAAGUUCUGGAUAAAUCCAUUUUAA